CCUCCUGCACCUCCUCUCAUGCUAGCUACUGAACACAAUUUGCUUUUGUUUGUAGUUGUUUUUCUUUCUCUUUCUGUUCUUGUUCCUUAAACUCUUUGUUUAGAAAUUUCCUUAAAAGGGUUAAACAGAAGAAAAAAAAAUGGUGGCUGUGGUUGCCCAGGAAAAUGUUGUGGCAUUGGUUUCUCGUACCGGUAGAGAGUUGCAACGUUAUAGAAAAGGUCGUCGCCAAGUUGUGGGAUGCAUACCGUACAGAUUUAAGAUUGGGCAGAAAACUUCUUUGGACGUUUCUGAUGAAUUGGAAGUUCUGGUUAUCAGUUCUCAGAAGGGAAAAGGGAUGCUAUUUCCGAAGGGAGGCUGGGAAUUGGACGAAUCAAAAAAGGAGGCAGCUUUGAGAGAAACCAUGGAGGAAGCUGGGGUGAGAGGCAUUGUUGGGGGUAAAUUGGGUAAAUGGAGUUUCAAGAGUAAGACUCAUGACACUUUCUAUGAAGGCUACAUGUUCCCUUUACUUGUUGAAGAGCAAUUGGAGUUCUGGCCUGAGCAAAACGUUCGUCAAAGAGUAUGGAUGAGCGUCACCGAAGCAAGGGAUGUUUGUCAACACUGGUGGAUGAAGGAAGCUCUAGACAGAUUAGUAAACCGUCUUGCUGGUCAAAAAGUCGGUCGUGAUAAUAAGCAAGUUCUUGGUUCUAUGAACUGCACAAGAGAUGCCAAAUCUGACUUGUAAAUAGAGUAGUAGCAUCGUGAAGGGUAGAGUUCAACUUCUUUGAGUUUCGGCAUAAAGUUGUGUAGGAUCCAAAAGAAUUGAGCCGAGUCAUAGAAUAUAAAUAAUAUAGUAGUAGUAGAUCGCAUAGAAAUUAGUGAUUCCCCAGUUUUUUUUUUUUUUCAAAGAAAAGGAAUUUACAUCUGUUUGUGGGAAUUCACCUUAUCUGUAUUAUUGAGAGACUUGUGGAUAUCAAUUAGUCCACAAUCGAAUUGCUUUGUUUUUCAAGCAACAGAGUUGUGCUAAUGUCAAGCAACGCAAUCGAUAAGGCUAUCUUGAAAAGAAGAAAAAAAAUGAGAAGCUGCAACUUGUUUUCUCUUAUUUACUGCGCGAAUUGAUUGUCUUUUGUGGGGGGUUUAGUUCUCUUCCCUUUACUCGGAAGGCAUGUUCUGUGCAGGACGAACAAAAAUUUGAUGUGAUAAUCGUUUAUGGAUUCUGUUAAGAAAAACUUUAGGGUUAUUCCCUGCCGUCAUUAGGUACAAAUGUCAUUAUCAAGCGUGAUUAAGUGUCAUUAUCAAGAGUGAUUACUAGAUCAUGUUGCUUGGCCUAUUGUUUGAGAUCAUACCAUCUUGAAUUUAAGUAUAUAGGGUCUUUUUAUUUGUUACUCAGUUGUGGCAGCCUGUGUAUCAGUUGUUAUACCUAACAAUAUCCCUUGUUUAGUUGUACCUUCAAGAAGGUAGGAGUGUAGAUGGAGAUAUUAAAUAGUGUCCUUUUGUCUUUGCAUUCUGGUAGACUUUUUCUUGGGGACCUUGGAUCUGAAGAUUUAUGUGAACUUCGAUCCUUAAUCAGUACGGUUUAAAAGUUAUGUCCAUAAUUCACACUGCUGCUUCAGCAAUGGCAAUUGAUCUUUGUGGCUUGAUAUCAGAAAGUACCACAAAGUGGCUAAUCUAUGACCAAAUGAUCGAAUAAUUUUGUAUUAACAAUUCGAGGGAAACGUAGUGGAAAACUAUUCAUGAGCAAAGAAGCUUUGGCAUGACAGAGUGCAGGGAUUAACUGAUUUUAGAGUCAUGACAUGUAACUGAAGAGGUUGUGGGGCAUAGAGUUAGGCAUUAUAUUUAGCAAUGAAGUUGUGGUUGUAAUAAGUGGAGAAAGAUCGCUGGCAUUAGCAAAAAGACCCCACGAAAAAGGUGUAGCUGUGUUGGGAAAACACUCAACACCCACUAUAAGUUAUGUGGAGGAGUAUCAAAGGAAACUCUUGAUAUAUACCAAAAGCCAGCUCAGGAAAUGUACACUUUCAAAUUUGAAUAUUCUCUCCUUUAUGAAAAUAAAUAAUCAAUUAGGAGUUGACCGAUUGGUUUAGAAGAAUCAAAUACGUCUCCCUGGGCCCAAAGGACUAUAAACAGGCCCAAUAACUUUUGGGACCAUGUCAUUGAAGAGUAAAGAUGGUUCAUUUUUCUGAGCCACAUGUGAUGAAGCAAGUUGUAAACGUGUUUACUGUUUACUUCAAUGGACCAUGAAAUAACUUAGUCACUUACCUUAGCUAGACUGCCCCAGUUACAGCUUUAGCAUUAAAAGGAUAUAAGAGCUUACAAGAGCCUCCAUCACACAUUGAUG